AUGGAAUUAGUCGACACUGGCUCUGCUGUAUCUGUACUUCCACUUAGUAAAUAUAACACAACGUUUAAGUCAAGCAAACUCCACCCAACAACCACUGUCCGCAAAACCUACACCGGGGAGAGAAUCCAAGCCGUAGGAGUCUUGAAUGUUCAAGUUAAGUAUAAAGAAGAUAUGCAGAAGCUAAAUUUGUAUGUGGUCGAAACAAAUGGGCAUGCCCUUUUUGGUCGAGACUGGCAAGAAAAGAUCACGCUAGAUUGGAAAGCAAUCAACAUAUUGGCAACCACACCACCAGGAAAUCCAUCAACCCGAUUACAAGAGAUCCUCGAUAAGUAUAGUGAUGUUUUCGAAGAAGGUAUUGGUCUGCAAAAGACUACCAAAGCAAAGCUCAACCUGAAAGAAAACAGCCAGCCAAAGUUCUGCAAAGCAAGACAAUUACCAUAUGCUCUGCGACCAAAAGUUGAAGCUGAGUUGACCAAGUUGCAGAAUAAUGGCAUCUUGACCAAAGUUGGUUGGAGUGAAUGGGCAACCCCGGUUGUUCCAGUGAUAAAGAAGAAUGGCAAUGUUCGAUUGUGUGGUGAUUUCAAGCAAACCAUCAAACCAGUUUUGCACGUUCAACACGUUUUGCACGUUGUACUUGGUGUAGCAUCUGCCCCCGCAAUAUGGCAACAAGCUAUGGAUCAGAUAUUGGAAGGAAUUCCCCAUGUGCAAUGUAUCCUUGAUAUGAUGAUAUGA